UCAGUCCCUCUGGACAGUGGUUCUCUUCAGUGCUCCCUGGGGGCUGGAACUCUGUAGACAAACAUUAACUUUGGGGUAGACACUCUAUAUUUAUGUUCUACUCCUUCCAUUUUUACUGCAUCUACCAUUUGAUCAACAUGAAAUCAUCUCUGACUCUGCUGUGUCUGGUGGUAUGGGUGAAUGUGGAUGCUUCAUCAGCUCAGACUGAGUACUGUGGUAAGCCUGAGGGUGAAGGGAGGAGAAUGCUGCCGAUUCCUAAUCAAGAACGUUAUGAAAAUGGGGACCAAGUGGAGUAUGGAUGUCUUGCAACUUGUAAGAACGGAGAGUGGGAUAAGACCAUCAAGGGCAAAGAUUACUGUAGUAAACCUGAGGGUGCAGACACCAGAAUGCUGCUGAUUCCUGACCGAGAGAGAUAUGAAAAUGGGGACAAAAUAGAUUAUGGAUGCCUUAGCGGCCCAAACAAAGGCUCAAGAGGAAAAGCAACUUGCAAGAACGGAGAGUGGAGUAAGACAAUCGAGUGUCAAGCAGCAUUUGCUAAAUGUGCAUUGUCAUUGCCACCAACAAGAGGAACCAGUUACACACCUGCUGACAGAAAUCUGUUCUUGCCUGAUGAAAGUGUAACGGUGACCUGUGCCUCAGGAUUCUGGAACUCUUUCUCACGUCAGACUGAAAAUACAAUGACAUGCAAAGAGGACGGAAAGUGGUCAUCUUCUACAGAUUGUGAACCAAGCUGUCCUGAUCCUCCUCCCAUUACUAAUGGAGAUUUCACCAAGGAAAAGAGAGAUGUUGAAGGUGUAAUUACAGAGGUGUCCUACCAAUGCAGCAGACAGUUUACACUGAGUUUCACAGGCAGCAUCAGAUGUCUGGAUGGAAAAUGGCCGAGCCCUCCAAAGUGUUUACGUAUGUACAUUAUUUUCAACUGGUCUGAACAUGGUGUUAUAUCUACAUAUCAUAAAACACUUACUUGUGAAAAUGGGAGUUGGACAACUCCACCACCAACAUGCAAACAGUACUGUGGUAAGCCUGAGGGUGCAGGGAAACAAAUUCAGAUUCUUGACCAAGAGCUAGAGAGAUACGAAAAUGGGAACCAAAUAGACUAUACAUGCAUUAACCCACACAAAGGCCCUGGAGGAACAGCAACUUGCAAUAAUGGAGAAUGGCACAUGCCAAUUGAGUGUAAAGCAAGCUGUCCUGAUCCUCCUCCCAUUACUAAUGGAGAUUUCACCAAGGAAAAGAGAGAUGUUGAAGGUGUAAUUACAGAGGUGUCCUACCAAUGCAGCAGACAGUUUACACUGAGUUUCACAGGCAGCAUCAGAUGUCUGGAUGGAAAAUGGCCGAGCCCUCCAAAGUGUUUACAGUACUGUGGUAAGCCUGAGGGCGCAGGGAGGAGAAUGGAGAUUCCUGACCAGUGCUGGAGAGAUACGAAAAUGGAUCCAAAUAGACUAUACAUGCAUUAACCCAUACAAAGGCCC